GAUAUUCAUCGAUUGAUUGGUCUGCAUCUGGGAGUGGGAGAGAAAGAUGCCGAAGAGGACAACGCACACAUACUCAAGCGAGGAUGCAGCUCCGGAGGGUCCUCACUCCGAUCUCUUUGUAUAUUACUGCAAACAUUGCGGAUCCCAUGUCCUCAUAACAGAUACCCAAUUGCAGAAAAUGCCUAAAAGGAAAACCGACAAAGCUUAUGUACUGGACAAGAGCAAACAUCUGGCCAGAUUGAACAUGAAGGAAGGCGGGAAAGUAGUGUUAAAACGAGGGGAGGGGAAAAUGGAGAAACAAUUCCGCAUGAACUGUAUGGGGUGUGGACUGUUCGUAUGCUACCGGGCGGAACAAGAGUUGGAGUUAUCGUCUUUGAUAUAUGUCCUUGAUGGUGCCCUCAGUACUGUUGCUGCCGAAACCAACCCACAGGAUGCCCCCGUUCCACCCUGUAUAUCCCACCUUGAAGGCGGACUCGUUCAACUUGCUAUAGAAGUCGAAGAUCGUGCUCAACGUUCUGCAAUCACCAGAGUCAAUGCUGAUGAUGUUCGAGUCACUGUUGCUGCUCCUGCUGCCCGUGGAGAGGCUAACAACGAACUCUUGGAAUUUAUGGGAAAAGUUUUGGGCUUGAGAUUGAGUCAGAUGACUCUUCAGCGAGGAUGGAAUAACAAGUCAAAGCUGCUUGUGGUAGAGGAUUUGACUGCUCGACAAGUUUAUGAGAAACUUUUGGAGGCUGUGCAACCUUAGCUUUAGUAUCCAUGCUGUCCUUCCAUAGCAAGCCAGGUUGAAUCUCAUUUUUUCCUGUAAAAAUGACUUUGCGGUUUAAAUUUCAGCUGUAAUGUUAUUUACUUGGAUACAAACCAGGCCGUUGGUUACGUUGCAAUUGAAAACCUUACUAUAUAACUCAUGGUUGGAUAGUAUUAAUGCAUGUUUGAAUUAAAGUUUGCAAAAA